AUGAAACCACCAGAACCACCGGAUCCUCCCGACGCACUCACCGAUCUCGGGUUUCUUGUACUGUCCGACACACCUUUAACCCUGUUUAAUAAAUCGCCUUCUCAAAUUCCAGAUCUGGCGUACCCUUUACCGGCUCCGACGGCUUUGACCAGGGAUGGUGUUGUUCUCCAUGUGACCACUUGUCCCCCACCAGAUCCACCUCCGUGCAUAAAUCCUCCAAGUGACACUUUCUUAGCCAAGAACGGUGUUGGUGGUGGUUCCCCCGUGUCAACGAGUGACACUUUCUUAGCCUACGGGCUUCUCUCUCCUGUGAUAUACAUGUCCCUAGUUGGGAAUAUCGAUUGGCUUUCAACCAGGCAGCUAAGUGUGUUGUUGACAUUGAGUUUGCGAUUCAUAACUCUUGCUGGUGGUAUACCGAUGUGUUUAAUGUUAUAUGGCUCUACUCUUAUGACCUUGAGUAGUAUUUAUAUCGCAUUGGCGAGAUCCUCUGCAGUAUGCAGUCCCCUUACGGGCUAUAUGCCGGUUGUUGAUAUUGGUUCUAAUAUCCCUUCCACCUUUGCCGCAAUGGCUUUGGCAAUGAUAAGGCAUUCUCUCCUCUUGUGGCAGCUUGGAUUGAAAGGGAGCUUUGUUUUGAAGAUGGUUCUGUUCCAAGCAGAAGCGAAGAUGUUUAUCAUCUCUCGUUUCGAUGGUGUCAACUGUCUGACCUCUUCGACCAUGGAGGUUCUCAUCCCUUCCCUUUACUGUUUCGUUCAGGAAUGUCAAACUGAAGAUGUCUUCUUGUGUGACUGCCCAGUAUCGGAGACAACGGUGAUUGAGCCCCUGUUGUAUCCUCCUCGGAUGGAGUGGAACUAA